CACCGACCAUGACCGCCUUCGACCCCUCCGACCUCGUGAGCUCGUUCAAGGCCGCGGGGGCAUGGUACAAUGACGACGCCAUGUCGCUGGCCCCGAUCCCCAACAUGGGCUGGGGGGCGGUCGCGCGCAAGCCCAUCGCGGCCCACACGCCGCUGUUCCGCAUCCCGCUCGACUACCUCCUCACGCCGUGGACCUCGUCGCUCAAGUCCCACCUCACCGAUGCCGAGUGGGACGCGCUCGACGGCGGCUGGGCCCGCCUCAUCCUCUGCAUGAUGUGGGAGGAGAGCCGCGCCGACUCCAAGUGGGGCGGAUACCUGCGUAACAUGCCGCGCGAGUUCGACUCGCCCAUGUUCUGGGGGGAGGCGGACCGCGCCGAGCUGGCGGGCACGGACAUUGAGAACAGGAUAGGAAAAUCCGACGCCGAGGCAGACUACCACGCCAAGCUUGCGCCCCUCCUUGCUGCCCGGGCCGACCUGUUCCCGGCCGGCUCGGAGCACUUCUCCCUCGACGCAUACCACGUGCAGGGGUCGCGUAUCCUCUCGCGGUCGUUCACCAUCCCGAUCUCGCGUGCAGGAGGGCCCAUCACCGAGCCAGAAGAGGACGAGGACGGCGACGAGGACGAGGAAGAGGAAGUCGCAGUCAUGGUGCCCAUGGCGGACAUGCUGAACGCCGCGUACGAGCGCGACAAUGCACGCCUGUUCGCCGACGGCGAGGACGACGAGGACGAGGAAGGCGAAGGGGAGAAGCACGACUUUGGCGAGGGGUUCACCAUGAUCUCCACGCGGGAUAUCGCCGAGGGCGAGCAGAUUUACAACACGUACGCUUCGCCGCCCAACUCGGAGCUCCUGAGGAAGUACGGGCACGUCGAUAUCCUCCCCUUACCAGAGGAGGUGACAGCGCUGCUCUCGCCCGAGGAGCUGGGUGACUGGGCGUUCGGCAACGCGGGCGACGAGGUCGAGAUCCCCGGCACGCUGGUGGUUGAGGCGGCUGCGGCGCGGGGGAUCAGCGACGCGGAAGCGCGAGUCGACUUCUGGCUCGACCAGGGCGGCGACGACACCUUCGGCCUCACCUACUCGCCAGAUGGCAACCUCGAGCCCCCGCUCGUGCCGUUCAUCCGGCUGCUCACGAGCGCCGAAGACUGGGAGCGCGCGCAGAAGAAGGGCAAGCUGCCCAAGUCGGUCGUCGACGCGCCCGUGCUCGACGUGCUCGAGGCCGUCGUGCGUGCCCGCGCAGCCAAGUACCCGCAGACCAUUGCGGCCGACCUUGCCGUUGUGUCCGCCGACGGGCCGCUGAACGCGCGCAACGCGGCCGUCGUGCGCCUCGGCGAGAAGCGUAUCCUUGCUGCUACGCUGCGUGUGGUGGAGCGCGAGCGAGAGCGGAUAAAGGCCGAGGAGGGGAAGCGUAAAGCUGGUGGCAAGGAGGAGAGGGCUGCCAAGCGUAGAAAGUAGACAUAGAGGGUAAUGCAGGCUGGGCUGUCUGUGACGACGGAGCUCGGGACGAACACAGACACGUGUGUUGCACGCGCGCGUGUGUGCGUGCCCACACGCUAGGUGAAACUAUGCA